AUAUAUAUGUCGACAACUGUGCCAACAAUCCGGCGAAUCUGAUGUCCCAAAUACAGGCCACCUCUUCGGGCGUACAAAACAAAUAUCUCUCACUUUUGCAUAACUUCUAUACGGAAGGCAUUCAACAAAUCAUUGAACCCAUUAUGGAAGCGGUCGAAGACGCUCUACAAGACAUCAGUCUUAAGGAUAAGAUUGUUUUGCAAGACUUGAAGAAUAUUUUUGAUAAAGUGAAAGCUUCGAUGGCUUUCAGUCUUUGCGGUUCGCAAUCAAACGCUUCACGAUUUCUAUUGAAUCCAAAGAAGAUGUUUAGCCAAGAAGUGAACGGCUCUAAUGGUAUCACUGGUAAAGACGCGGAACUAUUGCAGCGAAUGGUUAACGAGACUCAAGACAUUCUGGAAAGCGAUGACUUUAAACGAGUGGUCGAUUCCGGCGUCGAUCUGGGAUUUGCUGUUCUAAUGGAUGUA